CUUGUCAAUUCCAAUGGAAAUUAAGUUCCAACAGCAACAGCAGGAGAAAGUGAAGCUCCCCCCAACCAAAACCACCAAAAUGAAAGCAGGCAGCCGCAGAAACAGCAACAAAUUCAUCGGAGUUAGACAAAGGCCUUCCGGGAGAUGGGUGGCAGAGAUCAAAGACACAACGCAGAAGAUAAGAAUGUGGCUGGGAACCUUCGAGAGCGCUGAAGAAGCUGCUCGUGCCUACGACGAGGCCGCCUGCCUCCUCCGCGGCUCCAACACUCGCACCAAUUUCGUCACUCAGGUUUCCUCCAACUCCCCUCUUGCAUCCCGCAUCAACAUGCUUCUCAACAACAACAAAAUCAAUAGCGCAAAUGCAAAUGCAAAUCCAAAUCCAAAACCAAAGAAGAAGCACCUGCAGCCUCAGCCAACGUCUAGUCAAGACGUGGAAUCAUCGACGAGCACUAGUCCCUUGUUUGAAGAUGAUGUCUAUAAGCCUGAUUUGGGUCAAUUAGUCGAUGAUGCAGCGGAGGGAUGGGGUUUUGGUAGAGGUUUUCUGUUGCCUCAGGCUCAGGAGAUGAUGAUGUUGGAGCUGCCAGAUGAGAAUUCGGAGCUGUUCGAAUUCGAGCGCAUCAAAGUUGAGAGGCAGAUUUCAGCUUCGCUUUAUGCCAUAAAUGGUCUUCACGACUAUAUGGAGACUGUCUACGAUCCAAGCGAUGCUUUCUGGGAUCUUCCUCCUCUAUCUAAUCUAAAUCUCCCUUCUUAACCUCAUUAUUUCCUCAGUCUUAACUUACUUUUCUAGCUCUAUCAACAAACCACCACAAUAUUCAAUCUGUGAUGCCGAUUGCAAGAAAUCCUCUGUAACUUCUUUUGUGCUCUAUUGAUAAAAGGCAGAGAGCUGGAACAAUACUAGCUCCGCCUAAUAUAUAGAUAUAUAGAGCUUA